AUGGCUGCACGAACUCCAGUUGACCCUGACGACCAUGAUUUCUCUUCGUACACAGCGGAUCCCGUCACUGCAACAGACGAUGAUGGGCCUCUAUGCCGCGGGCUAGGCAUCAACAACUUCAACUGCACAUCUUUUGACGCCAUUUCCUCAGACAUAGAUCUACAGAUCUUCGAGUACGAUGCAGGAAACAACAGCUACUCUGAACGCGUUGUCGAUGCGCAGGAUCUGACGGACUGGGGGUCACUCAUGGAGACAGCGUUCACUGCUGACUACCUUUCCGAGAGUGACCUUGGCCUGAUCACACGAUGUAUAACCAAGCUAGCAUUUCCCCACAGCUGGUGUUCAAACCCAAGGCUCUAUUGCAUUCUGCACAAGAUGAGGCGACUAGAUCUGUUCGACAAGAUCUUGAACUUUGGUGUUACUGAUCUAUGGCUGCCACUCCACAAACGCAUGCUUCGUAAAUGGCUGACAGACGACAAAGAUACCAGGUCCUUCGUCAGAUGCCAGGAGCUGUGCUUAGCGCAUGACAUACCGGAAAAUUUGGAAGGACGGCACUUCUCGCUCACCGAUGUUGAUGAAUUGGAUCUCUCAAGAGUGAAAUUCCUCGGCGCUGGAGGCUUUGGGGAAGUCUACCACGUCAAAAGCCAACGAAAUGGGCACCACUACGCUUGCAAGACCAUGUCACGGCCAGUGAGAUAUGAAAGCCAUCUCGACCUUAUGCGCAACUUUAAGAGAGAAAUAUUCGGCAUGCGUCGGGUACAGCACCAGCACUGCGUCAACUUGGUAGCUUCCUGCACAGACAUGGACUCAGUCACCCUGCUCUCUUCUCCCGUAGCCGAUAUGGACCUGUCUGCUCUGCUAAACUCAACCCUCGAUGCUCACUCCAACAAAGUCCUGAGGCGCGCCGUUGGGUGCAUCACAUCUGCACUCACCUAUUUACACCAUCUCAGUAUCCGGCAUGAUGAUCUGAAGCCAAACAACAUCCUCAUCCACGGAGCGAACAUUCUAUUGACUGAUUUUGGUUUUUGCCUGGACUCUUCUGAGAGUGGGGUCACUACUACUGCCGGACCCCCAAUGCAUUCUACGAAACGUUACUCAGCCCCUGAAGUCUUUAGCUACGCGCCAAGAAGUCGCCUCACCGACAUCUGGAGCCUGGGGUGCGUUCUUUUUGAUAUCGUAUCAGUCCUGCAGGGGUUCUCCUUAGACACAAUGCAGGCUUUCUGGCUCUCGAACGGCACCAAAUACGACAGCUAUGCCGAAAACCCGGAGGCUACAGCAGCCUGGUUCAACAAGGUCACACGCCGUCAUGUUGCACUGGAGGACCUCUGGUUGAUCUCAUUUAUUGAAACUACCUUGUUGGAACCUGAUAGGCUUUCCAGACCAGCAGCAGUGCAGAUUUUCGAACGCUUGAAAGAUGCAACCCCAUCUUCGGGGCAGCCGGCAUGGACAGGAGCUUGCUGCUCGACUUCAUACAAGACUUCGAAUCAUUCGGUACGACUCGCAAAUGACGAUGCGGAAGCUCUAUCUCAGUUGCAUGCCGGCUCACCAAACCGUCGAUCGCUCACAUUGGACAGGUAUGGUGCGGAACCAUGCCGGGUCGUAAUAUUCGUUGACAUAGGUCUUCACGUCCCAGUUUUCAAGCAAGGCUGGGAUUUGCAGGACAUCAAGCAGAUCCUGUACGAACCACAGGACUUUCUCCAUCUCGUCACCACUGUCCGCUGCCUACUGAUCAGAAAUUCCUUCAUCUGGACAAGGGACUCGGCCGAAUGGUCUCAAGUCUCAUACGAAGAGCUCACCAAGAGCAUGUACAUCUCCUGCCCCAGUCGUGUCGACUCUGAGACAACCCGGUUGCGCUUGCGGCUGGGGUCUGAAGCCCCACGCAGCUUCACUGUCGAAUUUAUACUAUUAAAGCUGCAACUCGAGCGUCGCCCUGGUCACGGGUUACCCUUUUUGGCGAUGACAUUCGACUCGGUCGAGCCCGAAAGCACUACAUACAGACAAGCCAGUGACUUCGCGACUAAAAAUGACUACCACCGGACUGAACAACCCACCAUUAACACUGAGCCGAAGCAUGGCUCGUCAUCACAAUCUCAGACCCUCAAUAUACAGCUAAGAACUCUGCCUAUCGACCCUAUACCUGUCGAUAAGUCAAAUAUGGUUGAUCCGAACCAUUACAUGGAAUGGAUUCAGGCAAAUCAUGGUGCGAAAGCGUACCGCCGACGGAGUGCAUUGGACCACAAAGCCAGCCUUCGCGGAAACCCCACUUAA